AUGGUGGAUAAGCAAAAGCAAUAUGAGGAGGAAGAUGAUGAUGAAUCUACUAUAGAAAACUUCAAGGGUGUGAUGAGAGAAGGGGAUGUAUCUCCUACAACAGCUACUAAAAGUGGGAAGAAGGGAAAGAAAAAUCAACCUAAAGAGUCAGCCUUUCAGAGAGUGAUCAAUAUGCAGAAGGAACAUGGUUUUUUCAUUGUGGCUCUAAUGGAGCCUAAACAAAAGAAGAAAUUUCUGAACAGAUAUAGAAGAAGAUUAGGCAUGGAAGCUGCAAUCUCUAAUGUAAAUGGAAAAAUUUGGUUGUUUUUUGAUUCUGUUGUGGAAUGGGAUCUUGUGGUUGACAAUGAGCAACAAAUUACCAUCAGAGUGUAUCAUCAAGACCUUGGUAUAUACAUUAUGAUGACAUUUGUAUAUGCUAAGUUUUGUGCCUUAGAGAGACUAGAAUUAUGGGACAGUCUUUAUUGUUUGGCUAGUGAUAUGGAGCUGCCAUGGCUAGUAGGUGGUGAUUUCAAUGUGGUGUUGGGAAAAGAAGAAAAGAUAGGAGGCCUACCAGUAUAUCCACCAGAAUAUGAAGACUUUGCAUUCUGUGUUAAUUCAUGUGAAUUGUUUGAUUUGGGAUUCAAAGGCAGUCCUUUUACUUGGUGGAAUGGGAGACCAAAUGAGGAGUGUAUAUUCAAGAGACUAGACAGAAUCAUGGUGAAUAUGCCUUUUCAGACUCUUUUUCCUACAAUUGAAAUAGAACACCUUAUUAGAACAGGUUCUGAUCAUGCACCAUUGUUAUUGAGUUGUGGUGAUGAAUCUUUGAAAUGUAGUAAGGCAGAAGAUUUUAUAGGGGACCCUUUCUUAAUGUUUAAGCAGAAGUUGAAAAGAGUCAAGAUUGCUCUUUCAAAGUGGAGCAGGCUGACUUAUGGAGACAUUUUCAAACAACUGGCAAUUAGAGAGGAUGUG